ACCGUUGAAUUGAAUAAGCAGAUAUAAUAAUAUGAAUCAAUUGAAUUGCAUAAAAUUUAGAUAUCGAUAUCCCCAGUUUUCCUUUCCCUUCAAUUGCAGCAAUUUCCAUCUUUGUCCCAUGGCUUACGUUGAGCGAGGUGUUGUAAAAUCAAAGCGAUCAAUAUGGCGACUUAAAACAAUCACUGAUUUUUUCUGGGCCAUUGUUAACUUCAUAGGCGUCUUUUUUGCAACAAUGUUCUCGAUGGAAAAGUCAGAUGCCUACAGAAAAGGUUCUGUUGGUAAGAAAUGGGAUGGAGGUGCUCCAGGAGGAGGACCUGGUGGAGGUGGUGGUGGUGGACCAUAUGGUGGAGGCCCGCGAGGCCCUCCCCGUGGCGGUCUUGACAAUGUUCGUGGGUUAGAUAGUAUUAGGGGACGUGACCAUAGUUCACUGCCUGCCUGCGGUUCUUGCUGUGGCUAAGCGUUAUCCAUCCCCAUUUGUCUAUAUGCCUUGUAUUAAAUGCAAAUAUUAGUAACUUUCGGGCUUUACAUGUGGGCAUAGGCUGAAAUAU